AUGUCAUACUCAAUUAGAUUAAUUGUUUAUAUUAUAGAUAUAGCAAGCGGGGAAAGUACUAAAACGUUCAGACAAGCAACAUGUAAACAGACAAAAGAGGGAGUGCAAUGCGAUGACAUUACUCAAAAUAACGUGCCUGAGACAAGUGAUUGGCCACCAGGUGUGUACUCAAUACCAAUGCCAAUUACCGGAUGCCCUGAAUCAGACAAUAAAGGCUGGGAUGUUGGCUUUAUUUCUGUGAAAUGGAAGUCUCUCCGUACACCUUAUUCGGUGACAUUCAAUGUCUCUGAUUUAGAUCAAAGUGACAACGUAACAGACUCAAAGCGAAUAACCGACGAAGAAUGGCCUAAAUUGGAAACCUAUUUAUUUGGACCGUUCAGGGACUACAAUUUCAGAUUGAAUUUCUGUACGAAACAAAGAAAGUCCGAUUCUAUCGAUAUCGGCAAAUGGCCUGAUGGGAAUUACAGUAUUUAUGGGGAUAUCGCAGGUUGUCCUGCAGGAUUUACAAACAAGACGAUGACAUUACAUUUAGGCAAUAUUGAAUAUUGGACAAGUGGUGGCUAUAUUCCGGAGUUUACAGUGGAAACAUUUCUUGAUUCGGUUACGCUACGCUUAACACUGUGCUCUCGAGAUAGCUUAUCAACUGAUACAACAGAUUCUGCAGAAACUGUUACCAUGGCAAAUAAUGCUUUCUUGCUUAUAAAGGAGAGUUAUUCGUCAUGUCCGAGAUUUAGUAGUUUUACCUUGACCGAGGAGAGCGUGUACCUAGAUGGCUUUCCUGACAAUCAUACAGACUUUACACUUGUCCAAUCACAUUGCUUCUACAUGCCAAAGAUAUGGAGUACAGGAACUUAUAAAGAACAACUGUCAGACCGUUUUGAGAGUUAUGGUGGGCACAUAUUAACAUUUUUAUUGAAACAUAUUUUAUUCGUCAUAUACAAUACCAACUUUUACAUGACAUUUACAAUCAAUACAAAGAAUUAG